UUUGUUUUUUUUACUGCUGUGCAGAUCACUUUACAUUAGCAAGAGUAAACACAACACUUAUCAUUUGAAGGCGUUGUCCAGCUGCUUAAUUCUCUACUACUACGUCUACUACUGCUGCCUUGGAUCUAUUUUAAUCCUAUUUGAUAGAAGAAAAUGAAUUUUAAUAAUUCUUUUUUGGAAAGAUUGAGAUGGAAAAUCAAAUGUAUAGAAAAUAAAUUAACAACCUAUCGCCUGGUCACCAACGAAACACAGAUAGUCGAUACAGAAUAUGGAAAAAUCAAAGGUGUUAAACGUCUGAAUGUCUACGAUGAGUCGUUCUACAGCUUUGAGGGUAUACCAUAUGCCCAACCACCAUUGGGUGAGUUAAGAUUCAAGGCUCCCCAGCGCCCAGUGCCAUGGGAAGGUGUAAGGGAUUGUGUAACAGCUGCCCCAAAAUCAGUACAAACCGACAUCAUAUCUGGCAAAUCGACUGGCUCGGAGGACUGUUUGUAUUUGAAUGUCUACACCAAUAAUCUAAAUCCCGAAAAGAAACGUCCAGUGAUGGUCUUCUUGCAUGGUGGAGGCUUCAUUUGCGGUGAAGCCAAUGAAAACUAUUAUGGCGGUGACUAUUUCAUUAAAAAGGAUGUUAUUUUGGUUACAGUGCAAUAUCGCUUGGGAAUAUUGGGCUUCCUAAGUUUGAAAUCCGAAGAUCUCAAUAUACCUGGAAAUGCUGCUCUGAAGGACAUUGUUAUGGCUCUUAGAUGGGUUAAAAACAACUGCACCAACUUUGGUGGUGAUCCCGAUAAUAUUACCCUGUUUGGUGAAAGUGCUGGAUCGGCCUCAACGCACUAUAUGAUGAUCACCGAACAGACUCGUGGUUUGUUCCAUCGUGCAAUUCUAAUGUCUGGCACAGCAAUGUGCAUUUGGGCACACACAGAAUGUCAACAUAGAGCUUUUGCCAUAGCCAAACGUCUGGGUUACAAGGGAGAAGACAAUGACAAAGAUGUCUUGGAGUUUCUAAUGAAGGCCCAUCCAUAUCAAAUGGCAAAGGAGGAGCAUUUGGUCUUAACGCCUGAAGAGCUUGCGGAUAAAAAGAUGUUUGCCUUUGGUCCCACAACAGAGCCAUACCAAACGGCUGAUUGUGUACUGCCAAAAGCGCCCAGAGAAAUGGUAAAGACCGCCUGGGGAAAUUCAAUACCCACUAUGAUUGGUAACACCUCAUACGAGGGACUGCUAUUUCUGCCUUUUCCCAAGUAUUACCCCCAUUUGCUUAAAGAGCUUGAAACUUUUGAAAGCUAUGUACCCACGGAACUGGUUGAGGGUCAAAGGAACUCGGCUGAAACUCUAAAAUUGGCAACAGUACUUAAAAAGAUGUAUGUGAAUGGGGAAACACCAACAGCUGAAAACUUUAUGGAGUUAUGUUCAUACUUCUACUUCCUGGUUCCCAUGCAUCGCUUCCUUCAACUUCGUUUUCAUCACACUGCCGGCACCCCCAUCUAUUUGUAUCGUUUUGAUUUUGACUCUGAAGAGCUGUACAACUACUUCAGAAUUAUGCGCCAUGGUCGAGGUGUGAAAGGUGUUAGUCAUGGCGAUGAAUUGACAUACCUUUUCUGGAACUUGCUCUCGAAGCGAAUGCCAAAGGAAAGCCGCGAUUACAAGACCAUCGAUCGUAUGGUCAGCAUAUGGACACAAUUUGCCAUUACAGGCAAUCCCAAUAACCCCAAUAUAGAUGGCAUGGCAAAUGUAACCUGGGAUCCACUUAAGAAAUCUGAUGAGGUAUACAAGUGCCUAAAUAUUAGCGAUGACCUGAAGGUCAUAGAUUUGCCGGAAAUGUCGAAAAUCAAACAAUGGGAGAGUAUCUUUAGCAAAAAAAAAGAUUUGUUUUAACUAAAACUAUAGGAAUUAUUGCAAUAUUUGUUUGAAAUUUUCAUAUUUUUUCCGGCAUUUCUUAUUAUUUUAUUGUAAAUGUGUCAUUUCCAGUUGCUGUAAUUUAUACAAUUGUU